GAGGAGGAGCAGGAAGCCGAGGGGAGAAGGGCUGCUGAUUCUCCCUCCCCGUCCUCCUUGCAGCCCGUCGUCCAACAGGGAGAGUUCGCCCGAAGCGUCACGCAUCCAGCCUGGCUCGCCAUCCCUCCCUUCCCCCGGACCGAGUCGUGAGCAUCCGCCUCCUCCCGGGAGCAGAGGAAGCGGGCCAGCCGCGAUCCCCCCACCGGCUUCCUCGACGCUUCCGACGGGAGACGUGGACUGAGGAGAGAGGAAGCGAUGAAAGAGGAAGUGCCUGCACGCCCAGAACAGGAAGAAGAAACGAGAGACGUCGCUGGCGGGGUUCAGCCGGAAGAUACGAGAAAGCGGCCAGGAUGGGGUCCAUCCUGGGAACCAGUUCAGGGGAAAUGGGAACCAGUUCAGGGGAUGCAAGAGCACUGGGAAGCCCAGUGGCAGGAGUUCCUGAGGACCCUGCAGCCUAUUCACACAAAAUGGGACCCCCCAGUCUUAUCAGCGAGGGACCCCUGGGAGGAUACCAGGGCCUUCCUGGCCUCCUUUGAGCAAGUGGCCACGGCCUGCCGGUGGCCAAAGGAAGAGUGGCCAGCCCGGCUCCUGCCAGCACUUCAUGGGGAAGCAGAAGAGGCCUUUCAGAGCCUGGAAGCCAGAGACAGGGAGGAUUAUGGGAAAGUGAAGGCUGCCAUUUUGCGAGGAGAUGCCCUGAGGAUGGAGGUGCGACGCCAGCACUUCAGGGACUUCUCCUGCCAGGAGGUGGAAGACCCCAGGAGGCUUCACAGCCAAAUCCAAGAGCUAUGCCACCAGUGGCUGAGGCCGGAGAGACGCAGCAAGGAGCAGAUCCUGGAGCUGCUGAUCCUGGAGCAGUUGCUGGCCAGCCUUCCGCCGGACCUGCAGGGCUGGAUCCAGGCAGGAGGGCCCGACACGUGUUCCCAGGCCGUGGCCCUGGCGGAGGACUUCCUCGUGAGCCAGGAAGGGGCUGAACGAGGAAAACAGCAGGGGCUGGUAAAGGAGGAGGGGGUUGAUCCUCUGGGUGCAGAAGGAGACAACUCGGAUGAGGCGAAGGAACAGGUUUUUAAAAAAGCUGGGCAAUAUGGCCAUGUUCUGUCACUUCCUCCCGAAGGCCCAAAAGACGUUCAAGAAGGUGGGAGCGAGGAAAUGAUGACCUUCAAAGAAAGUGCGGCAUCAUUACAAAUCGUCAAACGGAGUCCCUCUCAGACGGGCCAGGAGACCAUCCUCUGGCGAGUCCUGCAGGAGACCAGGAGCAUAGAUCCUUUAGGUGAUGAGAAAGGAGGUCAGAUCAAGACAGAGAAUUCUCACUGUGGAGGAAAUGAGGUGGAGGAUAUGCAGAGGGCAGCCCCACAGAUAAGCCAAGUGAAUGUGACAGAGACCGCUGAGAUAAACAAAGCGAGAUUUCGCUCCCAAGAAGAACUGGGGAAGCAGGCAAUCAAUGGGGCAGAUGAAUGUUGUGAGAUCAGAGAAGAUAUGACAGUUGCUGUCAUCCCAAAUUCCCAUUCAGAUGAACAGCAAAGAACUGUAAUUGGAGAAAAUAAAAUGUACAUCAGUUUUAGAGAAGAAAUAACUAGAUCUAAGAGAAGUCAUACCGGAGUGAAGCCAUACAGAUGUUCUCAUUGUGGAAAAUGCUUCACUCAGGGAGGGUAUUUGAAGAUUCAUCAGCGGGCACACACAGAGGGAAAAGCCUACAAAUGUUCUCAGUGUGGGAAAUGCUUCAGUCAGAAAUCGUAUCUAAAGACCCAUCAGAGAAUUCACAUGGAGGAGAAUCCAUACAAGUGUCCCGAUUGUGGGAAAAGCUUCAGCCGGAACGAACACCUCAAGAGCCAUCGGAUCGUUCAUACUGGAGAGAGGCCGUACAAAUGUCAGUCGUGUGACAGAAGCUUCAGUCGGAGCGAAUAUCUAAAGAACCACGAGAGGAUUCACACUGGAGAGAAACCCUUUGAAUGUUCCUAUUGUGGGAAGUUUUUCACUCAGGGGGGAUAUUUGAAAAUUCACCAAAGAAUUCACACAGGAGAGAAACCAUACAAGUGUUCACAGUGUGGGAAAUGCUUCACCCACAGAGACUACUGGAAGAGCCAUCAGAAAACUCAUAGUGGAGAGAAACCCUACAAAUGUCCUGAAUGUGGGAAAAGUUUCUGUCGCAGUCAACAGGUCAAGAGGCAUCAGAAGAUUCAUAGCGUCGAGAAUGCCCAGAACAUAGGGAAGGAUUAAGUUGGAAUAAAUAUGUGAAGAACCGACGUGUACAUUACUUAAAAACAGGUUCUCAGUUU